ACAAUACAGACUUUACACCUUUAAUGGAAUUAACACAACAUGUAAUAUAAUAUAUAAUAUAAUAUAUAAUUAUUGCAUUUGUUUGGUUAAUACAAUAACUGUCCUGAAAGGGUUAACUUUCCUACAUGCAGUAUAGAGAACUAAGCAAGGAAGGGGUUAAUUGAUGUGCAGACUCCAGUUUAAAUGUCUGGUUAAAGGGCAUGAAUGUAAAGUGUGUAGCUGGCAGCCUGCAGUAUGCUCAGAGCUCUCCCACCUGUGCUGCAGGAUUGGAUGAUCUGGUCAUAUGGUCGCUGAUCACGUGCUGAAGGCUGCUCAGUUAAAAAAAAAAGAAAAAGAAAAAGAAAAUGGGGUUUUGUGUAAAUCUGGGGGUUUAAUGUUCUCAUAUAUCAAGUUACCUCGUAAAAACCGACACUGAAGCUACCGGACAACAAAUCACAGGCCUAGAAUAUGAGUUCCUCGUAUUAUGUCAAUGCUCUGUUCAGCAAAUACACAGCUGGGGCUUCCCUGUUCCAGAACCCAGAGUCUACUUCUUGCUCCUUUGCCACCAACUCCCAGAGAAGCAGCUAUGGAGCCGGUGCCUUCCCCUCGCCCGCCCUGUACAGCAGCAGCAGCGGCAGCAGCCUGUACCAGUUCCCCUCCGGCUACAGCCUGGGCUCGGACACCUAUAACCUGCACUGCUCCAGCUAUGAUCAGCACAUUCCUGUCCUCUGCAAUGACCUCGCUAAAGCCACCGGCUGUGACAAAGCGGACGACCCCAGCCUGCUGCACCCCCAGUCUGACUGCAACCUCCGCAUAUACCCCUGGAUGAGGUCUGCAGGUGCUGAUAGGAAGAGGGGUCGCCAGACUUAUACCCGUUACCAAACCCUUGAACUGGAGAAAGAAUUCCAUUUUAACCGCUACUUGACUCGCAGACGCAGGAUAGAGAUUGCUCACGCCCUGUGCCUGACAGAAAGGCAGAUAAAAAUCUGGUUUCAGAACAGGAGAAUGAAAUGGAAGAAAGAACACAAAGUAGAAAAUGGUUCUGCACCAGAUACAAGAGAUGAAACCACAGAAGAAAGUGCAGCAACAUCUGAAGAGAAAGCUAAAGAGAGUGAAUAAACUGAACUGCCAUUGCCUGAAGCAAUUUGUUCUCUGUGUAUUUGCACGUGACUGUUGUUUUGUGAAAGUUUUUUUUUUUUUAGAUUUGAUCUAAAUUUCAUUUUUUUUUUAUUAUUAUCAUUGGUAACUUGAAACAGGGCCAUAUUAGACCAAAAUCUGACAGUUUAUGGAAAUGUGAUCAAAUCUGCAAAAUAAAAACUUUAUAUGGACAUUUAUAUUUAUGCACAAGUCGCUCUAAACCAAAAUUUGUUUCAGAGAUCAGAUAUUCAGUCCUUACAAGUACUGUAUUUAAAUUAACUACCUAAAUAAUUAAAAUGCUUAAGACGAAAGUCCAUUAGACUUAAACUACCUAUAAAAAAAGAGCAAUAAAUGUUCUUUCGUCUUAAUUCUGGCUUAGUAGAGAAAAAUAUCUAAAGAAUAAAAAAUGCAGCAAAAAGACCACUACAAGCAUUAUUACAUUUACUACCUAUUUAAACUACCUAUAUCUUGGUAUAUUUUGUUUCUAUAUUCUUAUGUGUGGGGGAAAAAAAGUAUUACAGGUGAUGUGUUUUAUCUUUAUUUCUUAACUCUUGUAAUUACAAAUAAAAUAUAUGGAUUGAAAAUGCAACCGUAAAUGUGUGGGUAAAGUGUUAAUGUGAUUAAUAUUAUUAAAAUGAACUUGUCCAUUUUUUAGUUUUCCUGUAUAGUGUGUAAAAUCACCGCAAUUAUUGUAUUUCAGGUGGAAUUGUUAACAAUUAUUUCAUCCUUAAUUGUACAAAAUAAGCGUAGAUCAGUUAAAAUAGUUACAUUAUUCUGCUUGUAGCUUUCUCGCAUGUGUAAUUUGUCAAUAAAUAAAAAAAUGUUUACAUUUUGUUCAUUUUUUUGUAGUAGGGUAAACUAUGAAGAGUGAUAAUUGUAAAUAAGUUAUAUGUUCUUUAUGCGUUAUAUUAUAUUCAUAUGGAAACAAAAAGAAAUAAACAUUAAAUUGAAUUUUGUUGCAUAAUAAAUAUUUUUUGUUACAGAUAAUAA